AAAACAACGAAUAUUAGUAACAGAAAUUUCUUUCAGUGAAGAAAUAAACAAAAUUGAAGAAACCAGAUUGCUAGAGAAGUUGGGUUGUUCCUAAACUCAUCUAAAAAAUGAGUGAAGAAGGAGAUACAACGUUUCAAAUAUAUUAUCGUGGGAAGUUCGAGACUAAUGAAGGUGGAAUGAUCACAUAUGUUGGUGGGGAACGUCAUGUGCUUCAAACCCAGGCUCAAGCUUUGUUUACAGGGUUGACUAAUGAUUUCCCUAUAUCUUUGUAUGGUCAAAGAAUCUGGUUCAAACUACCAUACGAGACUAUGAAGGAUCUGAAAAUUUUGAGUAAUGGUAGUGACACAUUUCGAUUGAUGUGUGAAGCUUCAUAUUGGACAAAGUAUAUAGAAGUUUUUAUGGAGCAUGAAAACGUCCAUGAAGAAGUAGUGAAUGAAGAGGUUGAAGAGGGAGGCCAAAGUAAUGGCGAGACAGAAGAGGUGCAAUAUGAAGAUGGAGAGAAUGAAUUUGAAGAAGAAUCUCGGGUUGAAGCUGUUAUAGCUCAGGUUUCUGAUGAUGAAGAUAAUGAAAAUUACAGAGACACUCCUCCUUGUUCUGACGAUGAGGAACAACAACAUCGAAGGCCUUAUGACGGAUGGAGGAGAGGCAGUGGAGAGCUACACAUAAGGCAAGUUUUUGAUAGUAUACCAGACUUCAAAGAUGCUGUGUUUGAGUAUGCAUUAAAGGGUGGGUGGAAUAUCCAAUUCACUAGAUGGGGAGGUGUAAAAUCAGAGGCAAGAUGUGGAGUAGAAGUCGAUGAAGGAGAAAUUCCAUGCUCUUGGAGGAUAUAUUUGUCGUAUGAAGAAUCUGUUUCACAAUGGAUGGUGAAGACAUUCCAAGAUGUCCAUAGUUGUUUCAAAGAUGGUCACUGCAAGAUAUUGUCGGAGUCACGCAUUGCGAAGAUGUUUUUAAAUGAAGUGAGGGAGGAUCCGGAAAUGAAGCCUAAAACACUCCAAGAACAGAUUCAAUUACGAUAUGACUUGAAUCCAUCUCAUGACCAAUGUCGCAAGGCGAAGAAGAAAGCUUUGGAUUUCAUUCAAGAUGAGCAUGAUGAACAAUUUCGUAGGAUUAAAGACUAUGAAAUAGAAAUUCAAAAGUAAGCAAUUGUUUAUUUUUUUUUCUUUUUGUUUCAAUAA